AUGGUAUGGAACGGUAUCAUUAGCCGCCGCCGUACAAGUCGCGAAGUCGCCGAGCGCGCUCCCAUUGGCGCGUCGGAGGCUCGCGCGCGCAACGCCGUAUGCAAAUCGUACAAAGUUAUGAAUAAUUCGACGGAGCUAAUUGCCUUCUCCGCUCCGGGAGCCGGUUAUCUCGCCGAUCGCUAUUAUUCGGCGUCGAGUCUGCGAAGCGCGUAUUCUGAGCUGGGCCGCCAUCCCGCUGCUUUGACCCGGUCGGGACAGUCCACGGUUCUUUUUGGCGUCAUAGAGCGUCAGGGCGUGACGUCAGUCGAGUCGCAACAAACGACGAGCGGCGCGACCUUGACCCCUUCAGGCGCCACCCUCGCAGGAGUCGGCAGGUGCGCGCGCGUCGCGAAAUACCAACACCAGUCACUCACCCGCCCCCCGACCGUCGGUCCCGUUACCUAA